AUGCUCCUUCUUCUCAUUCUUUUCCCUUUUAUCGCUUCCGUUUUCCCUCUGAACAUUCUCGUUUAUUCGCCUGCGUUCGCCGUCAGUCACAGUAAUUAUCUGGGUAAACUCGCGGACACUCUGACGGAAAGAGGACACAAUGUGGUGAGAAUCCUCUUCUCGAAUCUUUCCAAUAUGCUCCUGAACUGCAGACAUAUUUGAUGCCGAUAGUUGAGAAUGGGAAGCGGGAAGAGUGUUUGGGAGUGAAACGGACGAAGGACGUGGUGAUUGUGGAAGCGGGAGAGGAAAUGACGGCACGGAAAGAAGAGACGGCGUCGAGCGACGAGAUCUUGGAAGUGUUCUGGAAAGUGGAGAUGGACUCUUCCAACUCCAGAGAUGUCAUUUCACUUGCCUUCAAUUAAACAUCACAUUCUCUUUUCAGAUGUUCAAAUACUGGAGUAAUACCAUGAAAAUCGCGUGCAAGAACUUCCUCCGUCGUCGCGAUGUCUUCGAAGAAAUGAAAGGAAGGAAGUUUGACGUGGCAAUUGUGGAGCCGAUCAGUAUUUGCGGGCUCGGAUUCGUGAAGGCUCUGGGCAUCGAGAAGACCAUUCUCGCCUCCUCGUGCACUUUCUUCGACGUCGCCCUACCGUACCUCGGAGAGCCACUGGACUUCAGCUAUGUGCCGGCGGGAUUCAGUGCGACUGGCGAAGUGAUGACAAUGGCGGAGAGGUACGAGAACUGGCAAGUGACGAGGGUAAACGAGUUGAGUGAGAGAAACAGAAAUAAAUGGAAUUCAGGAGAUUUCGAUCGCACUCGAAGACAUGUUCGAUGGAGAAAUGAGCAGUUAUCGAGAGUUUCUGGGCGCCGAGCUUCCCGACUGGAGGGACCUCCUUCCGGCCGCUUCCCUCUUUCUCGUAAACUCGAAUCCUUUCCUUGAUUUCCCUCGGGCGGUCAUCCAGAAGACAAUCCCAAUAGGAGGCAUUUCGGUGAAUUUGAAAUGGAUAAAAGAACAGAAACUCUCUGAGGAAUGGGGAAAAGUGCUGAACAGAAGAGCGCACAGCAUGCUCAUUUCUUUCGGAUCGAUUGUCAAAUCGACGCAAAUGCCGAAGAAAUGGAGGUGAGUCAGAAAACGAGAUUUCAACGAGGAAUUCCGUUCAGAAAUGGGCUGCUGGAAGUGAUCAGAUCGAUGCCAAAUGUGACUUUCAUCUGGAAGUACGAGUCGGAUGACGUGGCGUUCGCGGAUGGAAUCCCCAACAUUUACUUCUCCAAAUGGGUUCCCCAGACCGCCCUUCUCCACGAUUAUCGUUUAACGGCGUUUCUGACGCACGGAGGGCUCGGAAGCACGAUGGAGUUGGCGUUCAGCGGAAAGCCAGCCGUCAUGAUUCCCGUGUUCGCCGAUCAAAUUCGGAAUGCAAACAUGCUUGCCAGACACCACGGAGCCAUCUACCUGCAUAAGAACUAUUUGGAAGAUGUGGCAGUCACCCGGAAGGCAUUACAAGACAUUCUUUUCGAUGAAUACUACAAGAGGAAUGCUCGGAAAUUAGCUGAAGUUCUUGCAAAUCAGCCGAAUAGUCCGAAGGAUUUGGUCAUCAAGUGGACUGAAUUCGUGGGAGAGUGAGUUCCUUUACAGAUAAUGGAACAUAUUCACUUUCAUUCCAGAUACGGACCGUUCCCGCAGAUGGACCCCUACGGCCGCAAGCUCAACUACUUCCAGAAGACGUUUCUCGAUAUCUAUGCUUCGUUCGCUUUGGUCCUUGUCAUUUUCUCCAUGCUCACAAUUUUGUUCGCCAGAUUUGUCUACUUCAAACUUUGGAAGCAUAUCAACAUGAAAAAAGUAGAGAAAAAUGAAUAG